AUGUCCAUUGUCAGCAUCGUUGCCAGGGAGAUCUUGGACUCCCGAGGGAAUCCGACUGUGGAGGUUGACCUGAAUACAAGCAAAGGUUUAUUCAGAGCUGCUGUGCCCAGUGGAGCCUCGACGGGCAUCUACGAGGCCUUGGAGCUCAGAGAUGGAGACAAGACCCGCUACAAGGGCAAAGGUGUCACAAAGGCAGUGGGUCACAUAAACGACUCACUCGCACCAGCUCUUAUUGAAUCAGGCGUGAGCGUACUGGAGCAGGAGACAUUGGACAACUUGAUGAUCGAACUGGACGGAACAGAGAACAAAUCCAAGUUUGGAGCCAAUGCUAUUCUGGGAGUGUCUCUGGCCAUAUGUAAAGCCGGGGCCGCAGAGAAGGGCGUCCCGUUAUAUCGGCACAUUGCUGAUCUGGCGGGAAAUGGAGAGCUCGUCCUUCCCGUCCCUGCUUUUAACGUGAUCAAUGGCGGGUCACAUGCUGGGAACAGGCUGGCCAUGCAGGAGUUCAUGGUGCUUCCCGUGGGAGCAGAGUCCUUCAGAGAUGCUCUCCGAAUGGGAGCAGAGCUGUACCAGACUCUGAGGGGCGUCAUCAAAGAGAAAUAUGGACAAGACGCGACUAAUGUGGGAGACGAGGGCGGGUUUGCCCCCAAUAUACAAGAGAAUAGUGAAGCUCUGGAGCUGAUAAAAACUGCCAUAGAAAAGGCAGGAUUCACAGAUAAAGUGGUGAUCGGAAUGGAUGUUGCAGCGUCAGAAUUCUUCAUGGAGGGAAAAUACGAUCUGGACUUCAAAUCUCCUCCUAAUGCUGCUCGUAACAUCAGCGCAGAUGAACUGGCCAGUAUCUACCAGGGAUUCAUCAACAACUACCCAGUGGUUUCCAUUGAAGAUCCAUUUGACCAAGACGACUGGGAAGCUUGGUCAAAAUUCACUUCUUCUGUAGGCAUUCAGGUGGUGGGGGACGACCUCACUGUGACCAACCCACGCAGGAUAGAGAAGGCUGUGGAGGACAAGGCCUGCAACUGUUUACUGCUCAAAGUCAAUCAGAUCGGCUCCGUGACUGAGGCCAUCAAAGCGUGUAAAAUGGCGCAGGAGAACGGCUGGGGAGUGAUGGUCAGUCACCGCUCUGGUGAGACUGAAGACACCUUCAUUGCCGACCUGGUGGUGGGCCUCUGCACUGGACAGAUUAAAACUGGAGCGCCGUGUCGAUCCGAGCGUCUGGCUAAAUACAAUCAAUUGAUGAGAAUUGAGGAAGAGUUGGGUGAUCAAGCUCGCUUUGCUGGGCACAACUUCCGCAACCCCAGUGCCAUCUGA